GAAGAGACCUGAAUCCCCCCUGACGGAGGCACCGAAUCUCCCCCAAAAACACAGAGAAGCAGGUCUUCCCUCAGCCCCAGUAAUGGCGUCAAACGGGCAACUGGUUGGGAUCUUUUCACGUGAAGCCCGAGAGGCAUACGAUUGGCUGAUCAGUUCCCUGCUGACCAAAUCUGCGGUGAGGGACGUCCGAACUGUUCAUAUCUCCAACACCAACUAUAGGGAUGUUAUUUACGAGGCGGAUAAGUGCACCUUUGCCAUCCUGUACCAUACCAAGAACAGAGGAAGGAUAAACAUAACCGAUGUGACCGACGCUCUCUAUGACAGAGAACUGGAGGAUUUGUCUCGUUGUCUAGGGAGAGAUAGAGUCAUAGUGGUGAUUGAUGACCUGGAGGACAGCAGUUUGGAGGCCAAGCACAUUAUCCUGCAGAACCAGCCCAGUAUUGGGAGAUGGGCCGUAGAGCUCUUCCUCUUCAGCGACCAGGAAAAGACGUAUCAGAGAAGGCCAUUGGAAGACAACAAAAUGGCUCAGAUGGAGACAUUAAUAAAGAACAAAAUAUCCCGUCAGGAUUACUCAGUUUACAUGGGCAAUGACAAUCCAGCUGAGGGAAGAAACUCCAGCCAGAGACUCUAUGAUCCUACAUCAAGACCUGGGAUCUGGGACUCCUUCAAGGUCAAUAUCUAUAUCACUUACACACGUCUGACACUUAACAUUGUAAAAGAAAACCUUAGUCCAGUGAUCAUCAUCCAACGGGAACCCGGAGACCGUCGCUUCCAGCGCCCAGAACGGAACCCUCCUGCCUGA